GAAUAUUUUUAAAAUUUAGGUUUAAAUUUACUCAUUCAUACAUUUUUACCGGUUACUUUUUAUUCUACUCCGGUUUACCGGUUACUUUUAUUCUACAACCCUGUAAUAGCAAAUAGAAACAUCAAGAUCUGGCAACUCGUUAAUUUUGACAUUUGGAAAAUAAAAACAAAUUGUGGACGCUUGAUUUAAAUUUAAACAUAUUAUUUUCUAAUUAUACAAAAGUAUAAAUAAAAAGAUACAAAAAUGUCUCGUGGAACUCUAGGAGAUUCGGACUCAGUGAUAGAAGAAGGAACGAUGCACAACUUUGAUUAUCGUACCCGAAGUUCCAUAACCAAUCCAUAUGGACAAGCCUCUACAAGUCGUGCAACCACUAGCAGAACGUCCAGAAAAGGUACUAAUAAUACCGGCAAUAGCAACACAUUGAAAGGAGCUGCACGUCGAAAGAAAAAGACUCCUCGCCAAAGAGAAAUACGUCUAUUAAAAUCAAUAAUGCAAUUUCAAAAGACUACAACUUUACUAAUACCUCGAGCUCCUUUCGCACGUUUAGUACGUGAAAUUAGUUUUAAUGUUAAUCCAGAUAUAGCACGCUAUACAAUAACCGCAUUGGAAGCUUUACAGGAGGCGACUGAAAUGUUUAUGGUACAAUUACUGCAGGAUUCUUACCUCCUGACUAUGCAUCGAAAAUGUGUUACUUUAUCGACAGCCGAUAUGAUGUUGAUACGUGCUUUAAAAUUAAAUCUUUAAUUUAGAUUUUUAUAGAAAAUAUUUAAUUUUUUGCUUGUUCUUUAAUCUGUUUGAUAUUUUGAUCAUUCAAAAUAAUUUUACAUGGAAUUAGUUAACCAUUUUAAUUUAAACAUUAUUUUCUUAUAAAAAGUAUUUUAAUGAUAUUUCUUAAGAUUUUUAUAAUAAUUUGUAUAAAUUACAAAGUUAUUUUUACCUUUCAACAGUUAAAUAUAUAUUUUAAUGAAA